AUGGCGAUUCCUAAUGCCGCACUUCAAAAGCUGCUUCAAGAAGUAGAAUCACAGGCAAUUCAAUCACAGCAGCAGAUCAAUAUCGUCAGAUCGCAGAUCAAUGUGAAGCAGCGUGACGCCAGACUCAAUCAGCUCACUUCCACAGAAUUGAGCCAACUCCCCAGAACAACUAAAGUGUACGAAGGACUGGGCAAAAUGUUUGUUGCAACACCAAUCUCAACCGUAGAUGCACGGCUAUCGAAAGAGUCACAAACUCUGAAGUCGGAAAUUGCAGCGCUGGAGAAGAGGCUUCAUUACUUGGAAACGACCCACAAGAACAGCCGCGAACACAUCGAGAAGAUUUUGCAGACAGGUGGACGCGGUUGA